AUGUUAAAGGCAAUUUCAUCUGUUUCUUCGAGAAACAUGACGAAAAGGCUUUUGUUAAGAGCAAAUAAUUUAACAACAAAUGAACGUUCUAUUUUAAUUAAAUCUUCAUAUUCAAAUGUAUCAAAAAGAUUCUUAAGUUCAUCAUCAUCAGGUGAGGAUGAAUUUAUGUCAACUUCAAAUGCAAACUAUAUUGAUGAAAUGUACGAAGCUUGGCAACAAGAUCCAACUUCUGUACAUGCUUCGUGGAAUGCCUAUUUUAAAAAUAUGAAAAAUUUAAAUAUACCUGCAUCUGCUGCUUUUAGAGUUCCACCAACUUUAGUUGGAACUCCUACUGGAGUUGAACAAGUUCCUAUCACUAGUGGAUUAUCAUCAAAUGUUGACGAAAAUGUUUUAACACAUUUAAAAGUUCAAUUGUUAUGUAGAGCUUAUCAAGUAAGAGGUCAUUUAAAAGCACAUAUUGAUCCAUUAAAAAUUUCUUUUGGUGAUGAUAAAUCAAAACCUAUACCAAAAGAAUUAACAAUUCAGUAUUAUGGUUUUACGGAAAAUGAUUUAAAUAAAGAAAUUAAUUUAGGUCCUGGUAUUUUACCAAGAUUUGCCAAAGAUGGUAAAACAAAAAUGACAUUAAAAGAAAUUAUUGAUCAUAUGGAAACAUUAUAUUGUAGUUCUUACGGUAUUCAAUAUACACAUAUUCCUUCAAAGGAAAAGUGUGAUUGGUUAAGAGAAAGAAUUGAAAUUCCUUCCCCAUAUAAUUAUUCAAUUAAUGAAAAAAGACAAAUUUUGGAUAGAUUAUCAUGGGCAACAGGUUUUGAAGCAUUUUUAUCAAAUAAAUUUCCAAAUGAUAAAAGAUUUGGUUUAGAAGGUUUAGAAGCCGUCGUACCAGGUAUUAAAACUUUAAUUGACCGUGCUGUUGAUAUGGGUGUUGAAGAUGUCGUACUAGGGAUGGCUCAUCGUGGUAGAUUAAAUGUUUUAUCAAAUGUUGUACGUAAACCAAAUGACUCAAUUUUUUCAGAAUUUAAAGGUACUGCUUCUGCUGAUGAUUUAGAAGGUUCAGGUGACGUUAAAUACCAUUUAGGUAUGAAUUAUGAAAGACCAACAACAAGUGGUAAACAUGUUAGUUUAUCAUUAGUAGCUAAUCCAUCACAUUUAGAAGCUCAAGACCCGGUGGUCUUAGGGAGAACAAGAGCUCUAUUAGAUGCUAAGGGUGAUUUGGAAAAUAAAACAAAAGCAAUUGGUGUUUUAUUACAUGGUGAUGCAGCUUUUGCUGGUCAAGGUGUUGUUUAUGAAACAAUGGGAUUUGAGCAAUUACCGGAAUAUUCUACAGGUGGUACCAUCCAUGUUAUAACAAAUAACCAAAUCGGUUUCACUACCGAUCCAAGAUUUGCCAGAUCAACUCCUUACCCAUCAGAUUUAGCUAAAGCUUUUGAUGCCCCAAUUUUCCAUGUUAAUGCCAAUGACGUUGAAGCUGUUACAUUUAUUUUCAAUCUUGCAGCUGAGUGGAGAAAUACUUUCCAUUCAGAUGCUAUCAUUGACGUUGUCGGUUGGAGAAAACACGGUCAUAACGAAACUGAUCAACCUUCUUUUACUCAGCCACUAAUGUAUAAGAAAAUUGCAAACCAAAAGUCUGUGAUUGAUGUGUAUACUGAACAAUUAGUAAAGGAAGGAUCAUUUAGUCAAAAAGAUAUCGACGAAUGCAGAGAAAACAUUUGGCAAUCGUUUGAAAGAGCUUUCGAAAAAGCCAAGGACUAUACACCUACUCAAAGAGAAUGGUUAACCGCAUCUUGGGAAAACUUCAAAUCUCCAAAAGAAUUAGCAACUGAGAUUUUACCACAUAACCCAACCAAUGUACCUGCUGAGACAUUGAAGAAGAUCGGUAAAUGUAUUUCCUCUUGGCCUGAGGACUUUGAAGUUCACAGAAACUUAAAGAGAAUUUUGAAUAACAGAGGUAAGUCACUAGAAACUGGUACCGGUAUUGAUUGGUCCACUGGUGAGGCUUUAGCUUUUGGUUCUUUAUUAUUAGAAGGUUAUCAAGUCAGAGUAUCUGGUGAAGAUGUAGAAAGAGGUACCUUUUCACAACGUCAUUCCGUUUUACAUGAUCAAAAAUCAGAUGCCACUUAUACCUAUCUAAAACAUCUAGACCCUAACCAAGGUAAAUUUACCGUUUCAAAUUCCUCAUUAUCAGAAUAUGGUGUAAUGGGUUUUGAAUAUGGUUAUUCAUUGACCUCUCCAGACUACUUAGUUAUGUGGGAGGCCCAAUUUGGUGAUUUCGCCAAUACUGCCCAAGUUAUUGUUGAUCAAUUUAUUUCUAGUGGUGAACAAAAAUGGAAGCAACGUUCUGGUUUAAUUUUAUCUUUACCACACGGUUAUGAUGGUCAAGGCCCAGAACAUUCAUCUGGUAGAUUAGAAAGAUUUUUGCAAAUGGCAAAUGAGGAUCCAAGAUAUUUCCCAUCUCCAGAAAAAUUACAAAGACAACACCAAGAUUGUAAUUUCCAAGUUGUUUAUCCAACUACCCCUGCUAAUUUAUUCCAUAUUCUUAGAAGACAACAGCAUCGUCAAUUCCGUAAACCAUUGGCAUUAUUUUUCUCCAAGCAAUUGUUACGUCAUCCAUUGGCCAGAUCUGAAUUAUCUGAAUUUACUGAAGGUGGUUUCCAAUGGUUAAUUGAAGAUGUUGAACACGGGAAAACAAUUGGUACUAAAGAGGACACCAAGAGAUUAGUUCUUUUAACUGGUCAAGUUUACACAGCAUUACAUAAGAAGCGUGAAGAACUGGGAGACAAAACUACUGCUUUCUUAAAAAUUGAAGAGUUGCACCCAUUCCCAUAUGCUGCCUUACGCGAUACAUUGAAUAGUUAUCCAAACUUGGAAGAUAUAGUUUGGUGCCAAGAAGAACCUUUGAACAUGGGUGCUUGGAACUACGUCUCUCCAAGACUGCAAACUACUAUGAAAGAAACUGACAAUUACAAGGAUGUUACCGUUAGAUAUGCUGGUAGAAAUCCAAGUGGUGCCGUUGCUGCUGGUUCCAAGAUUUUACAUACAGCUGAAGAGAAAGCAUUCUUAAGAGAUGCAUUUAAUGAAUCUUAA